AUAUCUAUGCAUCGCUCUACGUAAGGCGUGUGGUUGACUUCAACAUGGCGCUGCGCAUGAAGUCAAUUUCCUACCACUAAACAAUAUUUUUUUAAACUAUGGCUGCAGUCGACCAGGCAGUUCUUAUUGGACUAUGUGACGGGGCUAUUGAUUCAAAGCAAUACCCUACGUCAUACUUUACAAACAAAAUCGGGGACAAACCAAACAAGCUUCCAAAGAUAUCAACAUGGCAACAUCCCCGCUGUGGACUCUGCAGUGCUGUUCUGGGCCACGUGUUGCAGGUAUACUGCCCCCUAGCGGCGUCUCCCUACCACCGCACAUUUAAUGUGUUUGCCUGCACUGGGCCUCAUUGUAGUGGAAAGCCAGAGAGCUGGAGGGUUUUGCGUUCUCAGGUUCUGGAAUCUGAGGUAAAAACCAACUGCGUGGUCCAGUCGCCAGGCCAUGGUUUGGUCGAAGAGGUUCCGGUGGCCACCACAGACUGGUGUGACGGGGCAGAUGACUGGGGCGAGGAUAACGAGAAAGCAGAGGAGAAGGGCAGGGGUUGCGACAUGGCCCGGACCCAAGCUCACACCAGGGGAGAAGACCCAGAUCCUGAAACUCGCUUGCCCACCAGGACCUCUGCUGAGCUGGAUGUGAGUGGCAGGCUUCAGGACCUCUGUCUGGAGGGAGGGGAGCCUCAGGACAAUAUCCCUAACUUCAGCCCCUUCUACAUUAGUGUCGUGGAAGAGACGGACCUGGCUGGAGAGACAGACCUGGCACACGCUGAGAGCCUCCUCAGGGAGUACGAGCAGAGAGAGGGAGUAGCCGUGGGGGCUAUUGGGAUCUUUGAUGAUGGAGGAGGAGGGAAGGAGGUGUAUGAGAAGGUGAACCCGAGACAUGGAGAUGCAGUGUUCUCCAGGUUCAUGAAGAGGAUCUCGGUGUGUCCGGAGCAGGUACUUCGUUACAGCUGGAAUGGGUCGCCUCUGUUCCUGGCCCCUCCCCCCUCAGAUCUGGCUAUGGUAGUACCUGGCUGCGGACUCUGUGGGGGAACCAGGGGCUUUGAGUUCCAGCUGAUGCCUGCUCUCGUCACUCUGCUGCAGAGGACUGACCCAGGAGCAGGGCAGGAGACAGCUCUUGAGUUCGGGACCGUGAUGGUGUUCACGUGUAGAAACAGCUGUUGGUUGUCAGGCUCAACAUCGCCUGUUGAAGAGUUUGUCUAUCUACAAGCAGAUCCAGACCAGAAACUCUUCAAAUGACAAACUGUGUAAUUAUGUCUGUAAUUAAACAGUGAGUCAUGUUUUGAACUAAGGACAAGCAUUUUAGAGAGAGGAGCGCAGUCAGAUUAAACUGUUUGUAGAGACGGCUUUGUAAUGACAAAUAAAGAACGAUUUACCACGGAACAUUCUGAUGAUUUGUCAUUAUAUUGUAGAGAGGAAUCUGCCCUGUCUCAUAUAUAAUCCAUAGAUGGGCGACAAACUAGAACAGCAGGUCAAAUGUAAUGUUGUUAAUGUAAUCACUGUGUUCUGCUUAUCUCAGGGACUUCUCUGGCUAGGUAGUGUUUGGAGAUAUGUGGGUUCACCACAGAGCUGGUUCAGGGUUGAACUGUAUCACAUUACACACAGAUCAAAUGAGAUGUUUUCUGUGGAUUAAGGGUCUGUUACAGUUUACCAGCCAACAACUACACAUAAAGCCCCUGUGUUGUGGACUGUGUCCUUGGUUAGAUAUUAUUUGUUGAACUAUACAUUACCUAGGCUGUAUAUGAAAUGCUUUUUUCCUUUCACAGAUGAAGAGGUGAGGCACUUGGGUCAAGUACAUUAUUUUAGUAAUAUAAGUAUGAAACCAGUAGGUCAGUCUCAAGUGGAUGUGUGUCUGUGUGUGUUGUAC